GUUUUUCUUGAAACCCGCCAUGCAAUGGCGCCACGGCGCCGCCAUAGCUGAUAUUUAAUAACAUUGCUCAAAAGACUGCAGACCAUAGCCGAGAAACGGCCCAGCCUGUUUCUAGUCAAGCAGCACUACCUUUCAUGGGGGAAGAUGAUGAUGGAACACCUGAGGAUCAAGCAGCAUUCAUGAAGGAGCUCGAGCAUUUCUACAGGGAGAAGACAAUGGAAUUUAAACCACCCAAUUUUUAUGGGCAGCCACUAAAUUGUCUGAAGUUAUGGAGGGCUGUAAUUAGGUUGGGAGGCUAUGACAAGGUAACUGGAUCCAAGUUAUGGAGGCAGAUCGGAGAGUCAUUCCAUCCUCCAAAGACUUGUACUACAGUCUCUUGGACCUUUCGGAUCUUCUAUGAGAAGUCUCUCCUGGAAUAUGUAAGGCAUAAGACACAAAGUGGUGAGCUUCAACUCCCUGUAGUGUUGCUCCCUGAAGUUUCUGAAGUUUCUGCUGCUGAUGGUGAGGGAAAUGGUUAUCAAGGAUCAGGAUCAGGACCAGGACCAGGAAGGCCUAGAAGAGAUUCUGCUGCCCGUACUAUGCAAGGUUGGCAUGCCCAACGCCUUGGGGCUGAUGAGGUUGGGGAUCAAGUUAUGAAGGACAAGAAUCUCAACAGUAUGGCUAAGAAUGAGAAGAAUCUCAAAAGCAUUAGUUUAUUAAAACAGAAGAGACCAAAUGAAGUGGAGGAUUCAAGUUCAAGCAAAGCCACUCGAACUGAUGUAUCUAAGCAACUGGUGACAUCUGUUGUUGAUGUUGGGCCACCAGCGGACUGGGUGAAAUUAACGUCGCCAAACUGUGCGAGUUCAAUCAGAUCCCGCUGGACGUUUGGUCAUAACAGGUCAGCCUGA